UGGUUACAUUUCGAAUAAUUUGUUUUAAAUUUUCUUUCAGGUCCAAUCGUGGCAACCGUCAUGACCCGAACACCUCAUCCCCGUUUUCUAUUAAUUACCGGUGCCAUUGUAUGUAGCUGUCCUAUCAUACUAGCGUCAAGAGCAACCUACAGCUGGCAUUUCUUCAUCACCUUUUCAAUAUCAGGAAUAGGAUACACUAUUUUGCGCUUGACAUGCCUGACUCUGAUGGAUCGCCUUGCUGGUGAGCAUUUCAACCUCUUGUUCAGUCUUUCGACUUGCGGAAUGUCUGCCGGAAUUUUGAUAUUCCCGCUGCUGGCAGAAGUCUUGCUGACGGCAUACGACUGGCGAGGGGUUAUCUUGAUCACCGGUGGUCUUACAUUACAUGUUAUUCCAUGUGCUAUGGCCGUUCGAAUAACCCCAGAUGACUUCAAACCAAGAAAUAAAGAGUACUCGAAGAAACCUAACCAAGAGGAUGGUAGCUUUGAAGUUGAUGCAGCAACAGAGAAGGUCCAUGGUGGUACUGUCACUGGCACAGACCUACUACUGCCUCCGUCAACUGGAAAUGAUAAGACAUCUGAUGAUGUGGAUGCCCAGACAUGCCCAAACAAUAAAAUACCUCCAAAGGCCUGCUUGGGUUACCUCGCCAUUAUCCCGAAAAAAUUGUCAUCCUUUUUUCGAAGCAUGGGGUUCUACGAUGACCCUUUUUCCUUGUUCAUUUUCGCUUCCAUUGCAAUGCACUUUUUCGUGUACAAUGGAUGGCAUGAUUUUCUUAUACCCCAAGUUCUCCAGCGUGGAAUCUCUGAAAGGAACACGAUCAUCCUAACAUUCGUUGCGGGGGUUGGAAACAUCUCCAUCCGCCUAGCGGUAGCUAUCCUGAUGCAUAAAUGCUUUGAACCCGUGAACAUCUUUCUCAUUUUAACAUUCAUUAACACCAUUUCUCUCACUUUCGAUGCAUUAUUUUCUAAUUAUCAUGUCAUGCUCGUGACGUCCUUCUGUUCAAUGGCUUGCAUUGCUGGGAGAACUAUUUUGAAAACGGUGAUCAUCAGGAAUCGAUUUUCAUCUGAAAACCUGCCCAUGGCAUUGGGGGUGAAUAACGUGGGUGAAUCCGUCACAUAUUUCCUCGGCGGAUAUUUAUCAGGAUUGGUGGCUGACACGUAUUCAUCGUAUGAUGCAACAAUACUUCUACUCGCCGUAGUUGAUAUUCUGACCUUCGUGUUUAUGCUGUUUCCUAAAAUAAUGAAGAAACCUGGAGUCAAUCAAAGUAAAGGUUACACCUUCAAGGAUGCAACACGGAUCAUCACGGAAGCGAUUUCUCGUCUGUUACGAGAUUCUCAGGAUCCACGACUGUGAUUACCAGAUAACAUUACAGACAAGAUGAGCAGUUAAGAAUUGGUUACUACCUUCUCAAUGAUGAUGAUGAUGAUAGCAAUAAUAAUAGUACACUGUA